UAACAUGAGAUAAGAAAGUAUCAUCAAUGUAUAUGACUAAUUGUCGUGCAUUGAAGCAUCAUAUUUUGAUAUACCUAAUUCAUCUGGCCAACCUAACCGGUCCAAUAAACAUUUAUUACUGCUAGAGAUAACACAUUCAAAAUGAACUGUGUGAGUAAAAGUGUUUUCGUUAUGAAAUAAUUCGCGUUUCAUUAGAUUAUCGAGAUACGCUGACGUAUAUAUAUACGUAUAACAUAUCAUCUUACUUAAAUGUCUUCACUCGUGUUAGGUCAAAGUUAGACGCAUCAUCAUCUAACGAAAAUGUCGAAAAUCUAUUUCAUUGGCGUUGAUGUUGGAACCGGCAGUUCUCGUGCAGCACUUGUAAAUUCUCAUGGUAAAGUUAUCAAAAGCCAUGUCAAGGAAAUUAAAACAUGGAACCCGCUGCCUGAUCAUUAUGAGCAAUCGUCUGAUGAUAUAUGGAAAGCAGUUUGCGAAUGUGUGAAGAAAGUCGCUGAAGGUUUUACCAAUGAAAUUGUGGGAAUCGGUUUUGAUGCGACUUGUUCGUUGGUGGCAAUAGAUACUUUGGGACAACCCUUAAGCGUCAGUACCACAGGGAACAAUGACAACAAUAUUAUUCUCUGGAUGGAUCAUAGAGCCAUCAAAGAAACUAAUUUCAUUAAUGCAACAAACGAUCCCAUCUUAAAGUACGUCGGAGGAAAAGUUUCAUUAGAGAUGCAAUGUCCAAAGUUGUUGUGGUUAAAGAGUAAUUUAAAUUCAGCUUGUUGGGCGAAAGCGGGAAAAUUUUUCGAUUUACCCGAUUUUUUGACAUGGAAGUGUACUGGUGAUGAUUCAAGAUCCUUAUGCUCCGCCGUUUGCAAAUGGAAUUAUGAUGCAGCGAACAAAUGUUGGUCUGACGAUUUCCUCCGAAAAAUUAACUUGCUCGAUUUGUCGACAGAGAAUUAUAGAAAAUUGGGCAAUCGAAUUAGAGAACCGGGCGAAACCAUAUGUGGAUUGACCCCAGAAGCAGCUGUUGAACUUGGAUUAAGACCAGAUGUUAAAGUGUCUGUUUCUAUGAUUGACGCUCAUGCCGGGGCACUAGCCCUAUUUGGCUGUUCUGCAGAAAAUGUUAAUCCAAAUUUAAUGUCAAAAAUGGCUUUGAUUUGUGGUACGUCUUCUUGCCACAUGAGUGUCACGUCGCAGUCACUCUGGGCAAAUGGAGUCUGGGGACCGUACGAAGGUGCCAUCUUUCCGAACAUGUUUCUUUUCGAAGGAGGCCAGAGUGCUACUGGCAUCUUACUGGAUUUUGUUGUUAAAAAUCAUCCGGCUUAUCCAAAAGCGAUUGAAAGCGCAGGAGAACGGAACAUUUACGAAUAUCUGAACGAAUUAUUGAUUGGAUUGGCUUCUCGUGAAAAUCUAACAAGUUAUCAAUUCCUGACAAAGGACAUACAUGUGUGGCCUGACUUUCAUGGCAACCGUUCACCAAUUUCUGAUCAAAGUUUGAAAGGAAUGAUAUCCGGUCUAACGAUGUCCACCCAGGAAGAGAAUUUGGCAGUCACUUACUUAGCAUUUGUGCAGGCCCUAGCUUAUGGAACGCGUCACAUCUUAGAUUCACUUAAGCGGCAUGGACGACCAGAAUUUGAAACAAUUUUGAUCUGUGGCGGUCUGAGUAAAAAUCCGAUUUUCAUUCAAACUCAUGCUGAGGCAUGUAACUUACCAGUACUUUGUCCGAAUGAAAAAGAAAUGGUGUUGGUUGGUGCGGCUAUACUCGGCGCAUGUGCCGCUAAAUUUUAUCCCGAUUUAGAGAGUGCAUCACACGCUAUGGGUGGUCAAGGAACGGUUGUACGUCCCGAUUGUAAAAGUAAAACGUAUCACGAAAAGAAGUACAAAGUGUUCUUGACGAUGUUAGAACAUCAACGAUUGUACGACGAAAUUAUGAACGAAGCAGUUAAUUAAAUUCUGAUCCACUUUGGCUGUGAACGAAAACAUUGGCCGGGUUUUUUUGUCUAAAAUAUGAUUUUUAAUUGAUAGACACUUAAACAAAAGCUGCCGCUUUGGUAUCGAUUUUUGCCCUACAAAUCGGACACGACACUUUUAUUUUCAAUGAGCAGUCUUCACACAAGCACACAUGUCC